AGCCCCGAGGCCGGCGGGCUGGUCCCGCGGAGGCGCAGCGCUGCCGCCGAGCAGCACGUCUUCAAGGCACCGGCGCCUCGGGCCUCCUUGUUGGGCCUGGAUGUGCUGGCGGCCCAGAAGCGGCGGGAACGCGAGGAGGAGGCAGCCGGGGGAAAGCAGUCCCGGGUCUCCUCUUACAAGGACUGGGAAGAGGGCCGCGACGAGGCGGGCAGCGCCGAGGAGGAGGACGAGGAGGAGGAGGAAGAGGGGACCGGUCGGAGUGGCCGGAGCGCUCGCAAGGACAGGCAUUACCGUUCCGUCCAUGUGGAAACACCUUCCUACACAGGGGGUGUCAGCGAGGAGUUUUGGGAACGCAACCGGCAGCGGGAAAGGGAGCGUCGGGAACAUGGUGUCUUUGCCUCCUCCAAGGAAGAGAAGGAACGAAAGAAGGGUCGGAGCAGGGAUCGGGACCACGAUCGUAAACGGGACCGUGAAGAGCGGGACAGAAGUCGUCACAGCAGCAGAUCAGAGAGAGAUGGCUUAUCAGAGCGAAGCAGCAGGAGGAGCGAACCAGAGAGUCCCAGACAUCGGCCUAAAGAUGCAGCCACACCGUCUCGCUCCAGCUGGGAGGAAGAUGAUAGUGGGUACAGCAGCACCCGUCGCUCACAGUGGGAAUCUCCCUCCCCUGUGCCUUCCUGUCGAGACUCAGAGCGCAGCCACCGGGCGUCGUCGCUGCGGGACACAGACCGGAGAGACCGGGACAGGUCUGUGAGGAGCAGGUACUCGGAUAAGACGCCCUUGCCCACCCCGUCAUACAAAUACAAUGAGUGGGCUGAUGACCGGAGGCACCUGGGGGCCACGCCACGGCUGUCCAGAGGGAGAGGGCGGCGUGUGGACGGGGAGGAGGGCAUCGCCUUUGAGACAGAGGAGGAGCGGCAGCAGUGGGAGGACGACCAGCGGCAAGCGGAUCGGGACUGGUACAUGAUGGAUGAAGGCUACGAUGAGUUUCACAACCCCUUGGCCUACUCCUCUGAGGAGUACGUGAAGAAGCGGGAGCAGCACUUGCACAAGCAGAGGCAGAAGCGCAUCUCGGCACAGCGGCGGCAGAUCAACGAGGAUAAUGAGCGCUGGGAGACGAAUCGCAUGCUGACCAGUGGUGUGGUUCAUCGGAUUGAAGUGGACGAAGAUUUUGAGGAGGAUAACUCUGCUAAAGUGCAUCUGUUGGUGCACAACCUGGUGCCCCCUUUCCUGGAUGGAAGGAUUGUCUUCACCAAGCAGCCAGAGCCAGUCAUCCCUGUCAAGGAUGCCACCUCAGAUUUGGCCAUCAUAGCCCGGAAAGGUAGCCAGCUGGUGCGCAAGCACAGGGAGCAGAAGGAGCGUAAGAGGGCUCAGCAUAAGCACUGGGAGCUGGCGGGCACAAAACUGGGAGACAUUAUGGGGAUCAAGAAAGAGGAGGAGAAGGAUGAGAUGGUGACAGAAGAUGGCAAAGUGGAUUACAGGACUGAGCAGAAGUUUGCUGAACACAUGAAAGAAAAAAGUGAAGCCAGCAGUGAGUUCGCCAAGAAGAAAUCAAUCCUGGAGCAGAGGCAGUAUCUGCCCAUCUUUGCUGUGCAGCAGGAGCUGCUCUCCAUCCUCAGAGACAACAGCAUCGUGAUUGUGGUGGGGGAGACGGGGAGCGGGAAGACGACCCAGCUGACGCAGUACCUGCACGAGGACGGCUACACGGACUACGGCAUGAUCGGCUGCACGCAGCCGCGCAGGGUGGCUGCCAUGUCAGUCGCCAAGCGGGUCAGCGAGGAGAUGGGGGUGCGCCUGGGCGAGGAGGUGGGCUACGCCAUCCGCUUUGAGGACUGCACGUCCGAGAACACGGUGAUCAAAUACAUGACAGAUGGGAUCCUGCUGCGGGAGUCGCUGCGAGAGGCUGACCUGGACAACUACAGCGCCAUCAUCAUGGACGAGGCGCACGAGCGCUCGCUCAACACCGACGUGCUCUUUGGCCUGCUCCGGGAGGUGGUGGCCCGACGCUCAGAUCUGAAGCUUGUUGUCACCUCGGCCACCAUGGAUGCAGAUAAAUUUGCCUCCUUCUUUGGGAACGUUCCCAUCUUCCACAUUCCUGGGCGUACUUUCCCUGUUGAUAUUCUCUUCAGCAAGACUCCACAAGAGGAUUAUGUGGAGGCUGCAGUGAAACAGGCCCUGCAGGUCCAUUUGUCUGGUGCUCCUGGAGACAUCCUUGUCUUCAUGCCUGGCCAGGAGGACAUAGAGGUGACCUCAGAGCAAAUCGUGGAGCACCUUGAGGAGCUGGAGAAGGCACCUGCUCUGGCUGUACUGCCUAUAUAUUCUCAGCUACCUUCAGACCUGCAGGCCAAGAUCUUCCAGAAGGCCCCGGACGGCAUCAGGAAGUGCAUCGUUGCCACCAACAUUGCAGAGACCUCACUGACAGUGGAUGGCAUCAUGUUUGUCAUUGACUCUGGCUACUGCAAGUUGAAGGUUUUCAACCCACGCAUAGGCAUGGAUGCGCUGCAGAUCUACCCCAUCAGUCAAGCCAAUGCCAACCAGAGGGCAGGCCGAGCUGGCCGAACGGGGCCAGGACACUGCUUCAGGCUCUACACCCAGAGUGCCUACAAGAAUGAGCUGCUGACAACCACGGUGCCCGAGAUCCAGCGCACCAACCUCGCCAACGUCGUGCUUUUGCUGAAGUCCCUGGGUGUGCAGGACCUACUGCAGUUCCACUUCAUGGAUCCGCCCCCCGAGGACAACAUGCUGAACUCCAUGUACCAGCUGUGGAUCCUGGGGGCCCUGGAUAACACAGGUGGCCUGACCUCAACAGGACGUCUCAUGGUAGAGUUCCCGCUGGAUCCUGCGCUCUCCAAAAUGCUCAUUGUCUCCUGCGACAUGGGCUGCAGCUCUGAGAUCUUGCUCAUUGUCUCCAUGUUGUCUGUGCCUGCCAUCUUUUAUCGGCCUAAGGGCCGAGAGGAGGAGAGUGACCAAGUGCGGGAGAAAUUUGCUGUCCCAGAGAGCGAUCACUUGACUUACUUGAAUGUGUAUCUGCAGUGGAAGAACAACAGCUAUUCUACGCUGUGGUGCAACCAGCACUUCAUCCACGCCAAGGCCAUGCGGAAGGUGCGGGAGGUGCGUGCCCAGCUCAAGGACAUUAUGGUGCAGCAGCGGAUGAGCCUGGCGUCCUGUGGGACCGACUGGGACAUUGUUAGGAAGUGCAUCUGUGCUGCCUAUUUCCACCAGGCUGCAAAGCUGAAGGUGAGAGGUGUCUGCUAGCCCAGGGGCCGAGGCCCUGUCUGGGAGCAGCGGGCUGACCACGCUCCCCUCUGCAGGGUAUCGGGGAGUACGUGAACAUCCGCACUGGCAUGCCCUGCCACCUGCACCCCACCAGCUCGCUGUUUGGCAUGGGCUACACGCCAGACUACAUCGUCUAUCAUGAGCUGGUCAUGACCACCAAGGAAUACAUGCAGUGUGUCACUGCCGUGGAUGGAGAGUGGCUGGCGGAGCUGGGCCCCAUGUUCUACAGUAUCAAACAUGCCGGCAAGUCACGCCAGGAGAACCGCCGCCGUGCCAAGGAGGAGGUGUCGGCCAUGGAGGAGGAGAUGGCUUUGGCUGAGGAGCAGCUGCGUGCGCGCCGGGAGGAGCAGGAGCGCCGCAACCCGCUGGGCAGCACGAGAUCUACUAAAAUCUACACCCCUGGGCGGAAGGAACAGGGGGAGCCCCUGACACCACGACGCACGCCAGCCCGCUUUGGCCUCUAAGGCAGUAGCGCCCGCUGCUUUGAGGCUUAAAGACUCCCAGGAGCAGCUGAGUCUUAGGAGAGGGCCCAGCACCUCUGAUCACUGUACUGUGAGGUGCUCUACAGCUUGUGGCCCAGGAAGGCUUUGGUACUUGGCACUAAUUUUGCUACAGAACAGAAAGAAUUUUAUUUGUUUAAAGGUUGUCAGUUUAA